AUGUCCCGUACGGGAGCGGAGUGUUCCAGUCCGCAACCCCUUGGUAUGGAGGACGGGACAAUCAAAGAUGAUCGCAUCACGGCGUCCAGUGGUUACGACAAUUACCCUGCCACUGAUGGACGCCUCAACAAUAACAACGGAUGGAUAGCCGGGAGUGAGGAUGCCAAUCCCUGGAUCGAGGUGGACCUCGAUGAGCCUACAGUGGUGAGCGGGGUCAUCACACAACGCUUAGCCAGUUACUUUGGGCUUGUGAAGAAGUACAAGGUGUCGUAUAAGAAGCAGCCCUCAUCUGACUAUGAACACGUAACAGAUGGAAACGGAAAUAUCAAGGUGUUCAUCGUUAACACUGAUUACAACAUCCCGGUCACUAACCUGUUUGAUGAGAGUGUGGUGGCCACGGUAGUGCGCAUUGAGCCUACUGAAUGGAAUGGUGGUGUUGGUCUGCAAUUGGAGCUGCUUGGAUGUCGCCGUGAUUAG